AUGAUCCGUAACCUGAUCGGUCGUCUCAUCCACAACAUCAUGCCCGGGCACCGGACCCGCGACGGCGGCAUGAUUCUCGGACCAGUCUCCUAUCUCGACUGUAUCGUCUUUUGCAUCUUUCUUGCUCCACAGCUUAUUUGGAACGUUGGUUUGAUUGCUACGAUCAAGUGCGUGUUGGAGGCGUUGCCGUUUUCACCGUUUGUUCGGACCGCCUCGCCGUUUGAGGACUUUGUCAUCAGAUGUGUGCGGUACGCCUUUGCGAACAUCCCGCCGAAUAUCGGACGGGUGUUCUUCUCCAAGCAAGUGGCGCUGCCGUUUCUGAGGUUCCGCAUGCUGAGGCAUGGGUAUUUGAGGAGUCCGGUGCAUUGGAGGGAACAUGUCACGGCGAAUUUCAGAGGCAUCUGGGUCAUGAAGGAUCCGCUGGCAGAUCCGGAUGUUGUUCUGUAUUAUGCCCAUGGCGGCGGUUUCUCGAUGGGCUCGGCCUACUUUUACCUCGAGUUUCUUCUUACCUGGUUAUCGGUCCUGUCUUCCUCCGGGUUCAAGAACCCCGCCAUAUUCGCCCUCGACUAUACACUCGUUCCUGAUGCUUCAUACCCUACUCAAAUCCAUGAGGCGAUUGAAGGAUACAGAUAUGUUCUCAAGGUAGCACGCGACCCGGCUAUCGUGUGCGUCAGUGGUGACUCGGCGGGCGCAACACUGAUGUUGAGUCUCUUGCUCCAUCUCAGUUGCAAGGAUCCCAAAGCAAAGAGAUAUGGGGUUGGCCUGCCGAUGCCAGGUCUGGCCGUCUUAAUCUCACCAUGGACGACUCUUGUGUCCCCGCGGCACACCAACACGACAAGCGACUACCUAGACGCUGAGCAGCUGAGCACGUACGGAAAGCAGUUCUCGGGCAACAAGAUCUCGUGGAGCGACCCGCUGGUGUCGCCAGGAUGCUGCCAUGACGCGGCGUGGUGGAAGCGGGCAAGUCCGUCGAAGGGCAUCUUCAUUGCAUACGGGGAAGAGGAGGUAUUCGCACCUGAGGUUCACGACCUGACCGCGAGACUCAACAAAGCAGGCGUGUGGGUUAGAAGCGAGGUCGCGCCAGGAGGCAUCCAUGCGUGGCCGGUGGCAUCGCUGUUCCUCUCAACUAGCCGCGAAAAGAGGUUGAAGGGGGUGAAUGACCUAACGAAAGAGAUUAGACAACGGCUCUCUGGUGGUUUGGAUGCUGGCGAAAACAAAAGUGAAGGAGUAAUAGAUUUUUGA